AUGUUGGUCAAGCGCUCAGGUGCAAAUUCGGUGAAUUCCGAAACAUUCUGGAAGUGUGUUUCGCAAGCCGACUGGCCGGACUUCAUCGAUAUCACAUCCAUCGUUCUCGAAAUAACUGCCAUUAUUCUAAAUGCCAUCACAGGAUAUCUUCUCUUACAGAUCAAAGAAGGCAACCUGAUAAUCAUUUUUCUACUUCGAACUGUCAUUUUCAAUAGUAUCAUCGAUGCUACCAUCAAACUUAUCAAAGAUCUAACCCCUAUCAAAUCUGAAUUAGGCGACGUUGCACUGAAUUACUUCCUCUGUGUUGUAUGGGACUCCAGAUUUCUCUUUUGGCUAUUCAAUACCUUCUCUGUUACUGGUCUUACUCUCUUCUCUGUAGAUAGAGCCUUGACUCUAUUAAAUAAAGAUUCACUUCGACUUGUGUCAGCUGAAUCUCGUCUGCGAACUUACCAAAUAUCUAUUUAUCUCUAUGGUCUCUUGCUAACAAUUCCACAGUUUAUUUCAGUCAAUUUGGAGAAUGGAACCUGCGCUUGCGCUCCUACAACUGUGAAUGUUCCAGUUUUAGCAAUUCUCUAUGCUCAUGUCUUCAUUCGGUACGUCCUGUUAGUUAUUCUAAAUGGAGGCACCCUAUGUGUGUGUGCGGGUGUGGUCAUAAAAUGGAUCAAACAGACACCCGUCAAACAUCAGGUCGAUGAACUCAACGCUCUUCAUUUUGACAUCCCAUCAUCUGCUGAAUUAAAACGUCUGGAAGCGUCACAUGGUUGGAAGACACCUUCGCUAUGCAUCCUUCCAAUAUCAAUAUUCUAUGUCACGAACGUUGGUUUCGAUGCUGGUUAUCAAUUCAUUAGCGGAGUUGGUCUGACAACAUAUGUGAUUGGUGGAAAGUUUCAACGAUUUGGGACAUUACUGUUGGUAGUUUUCUCAAAUAUUGUUCCUCUUACUCUGUUGCUUACAUUGCCGGUAUUUCGCUUCUGGUUGAGGGAUAAAUUUGCUUUCUUGAAUUGUUGCAAACGUAAAAAAAUCCCUAAAUGA